CCUGCCAUCUCUCUCAAUCAGAAACACAAGGAGAAGUAGAGGAAGGAAGCAGACUAGUCGGCUCUUCUGUGUAUCUUGGCUGCACAUGCACAGACCCAGCUGAAACGGUGCUUUCUCUGGAACAGUCUUCAUGGCUUUACCUGAUACGGCACGUGGAUUACCUAAUGGUGGAGGUGGUGGUGGAGGUUGUACAGGAAACAAAACUUCUGAUCCACUGUUCCCAGAGAUUGUGGAACUAAAUGUCGGGGGACAAGUCUAUGUGACCCGUCACACUACUCUUGUAUCAGUACCAGAUUCCCUCCUGUGGCGUAUGUUUUCUCAGCAGAAACCAGGAGAGCUGGCCCGGGACAGUAAAGGCCGUUUUUUCUUAGACCGGGAUGGUUUCUUAUUUCGUUAUGUGCUGGAUUACCUACGAGACCUGCAGCUGGUACUACCAGACUACUUUCCUGAAAGAAGUCGUUUACAAAGAGAAGCAGAGCACUUUCAGCUACCUGAACUGGUGAAGCGUUUGAAUCCUUUGCGAGUCAGUAAAGAGAGCUCUAUUGGGGGAGAAGAACCACCUUUACUUCUAACCCCUGCAGCUAUACAGGAUCCUGACCCAGACUCAGGUAUUAUCCCAGCCUCAACAUCUCCUGCAGCUGGGGUUCCAUCCCCAACAUUAGAUCCAUAUCGAUUCAAUGCCUCCUCAUCCUGCAGCCCAGCCUCAGUUCCACGUCUCACACCUUCUCAGUCUUUGGAAGGAAGACGAUCUGGGUACAUAACAGUUGGCUAUAGAGGGUCUUAUACUAUAGGACGGGAGGCCCAAGCUGAUGCGAAGUUUAGAAGGGUGGCUCGCAUCACAGUCUGUGGCAAAACUUCCCUGGCCAAGGAAGUUUUUGGAGAGACAUUAAAUGAAAGCCGAGAUCCCGAUAGGCCACCUGAGAGGUACACUUCCAGGUAUUACCUCAAGUUCAACUUCCUGGAACAAGCCUUCGACAAGUUGUCUGAAUCUGGCUUCCACAUGGUGGCAUGUAGUUCCACUGGAACAUGUGCCUUUGCCAGCAAUGACCAGAGUGAGGAUAAAGUCUGGACAAGCUACACCGAGUAUGUCUUCUGCAGGGACUAAAACAUUGCCAUAGACUGAGAAAUACAAAGAAAGAGAAAGUGUCACGCCUAUUUAAUCUUCUGAUCCCAAAAAGAAGGUAAUUAUUCCUCAUAAAGAUGAAAGACUAAACAACAGCAAAGGCGAACUGCUUGAUUGUCAUUUUUAUUCAAAUAAAUAUGCUUGUUCUGAACAGAGAGAACAUGUAAUGCUACAGAUUCAACAGAUUGCAACAGUUCUUGCUUAGGUAUGUUUCUAGUACUCUGUGUAUAAUACCACUCUGUUAUAAAACUUUAACAUCCCUUUAUUAAUGUUGUGUAUUGGUACUAAACAGCUUUUACCAACUUCCUUUUAGUAAUGGACUGUGCGUUGGUUGCCAGAUAACCCAUGUGAUCAGUUUAUUUCUCUGUUAAGGGAAGUACAAAACAAUAUGAAGCUUGAUGCUCUCAUUUACUGUUUAAAGGCAUUUCAAAUUUUUUUUUUAAUGAUAUGCAGAAAAUAUAUUCAUACAGCUAUAUACCUUCAAAUAUAUAUAUAUAUAUACUUUACAAUGAAGAUUUUAGCAUAACCAAAAAAGAUACUGUAGGUAAAAAUUCUUCUCUUAUAAGAAUAUAAGGAGGAAAAGAGCAUAUCGAGUUCUCUUUUUAUCUCCUUUUAUUCUCUGUAAUUUCUAAAAUGUACUCUAUUCAAGGCAAAUCAGCUAGCACAAUGAACUUCAUUUCAUAUGGUCACUUUAACAGACAGAAAAUAAACUGAAUCUUAAUUCACAUUUUUUUUAUGCUUCCCGAAGAAUGACCUUUUACUGACUGGGUUUGGCUGGACACGUCCUUCCUUUCUUUUAAAUAUUUUGGUUGUGGUUCAUUUUGAUGAAUUCAUACCUCAGCAUAUUUUUCUAGAACGCCACAGAUGAGAACUGUUCCACCACAGAGUUCAUUGGAAGUGCUGUAAAUAGGCUGAAUGUGUUUCAUGCCGAGUGUAUAAUGUGGAGCUGGUUAGAGCUGGCUCCCUUUUCAAUAAUAGAUAAUAACAUAUUUCUUCUUCUACUGCAUUUUUCAUGCUUUAUUCAUCUGAAAGUAAUUAGAACAUAAUUUAAAAGGAUAAGGGAGAUUGUGUUGAACAUCAUCAGGGGCUAGGAGCAAUAUCAUUUGCAAAAAUAAUAGACAGAAACAAAUCCCACUAUGAUAAUAUAGAGAAAUAUACAAAAUUUUAGAUUUCCCUCUGAUAAAUGAAGGGCAAUUUCUUGCAUUAGCUUUGCCAUGGUUAAUCUCCUAAGGGAACCUGGUAGCAGCAGGAAGCCAAUGUUUUUUCUGUCCUGUCACAAUAUAUUGCCAGAGUGUGACUUCUCCUGAUUUACAAUCCUCUUUUCAUACAGAACAACAGAUGACCAGUCAUGAUUAAUUAAAGACAUGAGAAAUAUUAAUAGCUUGUGACAGAGGAUUGAUUAUCUUUAAAUGUGUAUUUAUUUGACCUCAACUAAAAUGACCUACUGUUCGAGCAGACUGUAUGCCCAGGAGCAGCACAGUUAACAUCUCUAAUAAUCACAUGACAACUGUAACACACAAACUGUAUUUCUAAGUCAAUGCCUAAAGCCAGGCCUACUGUAGGUAACCCUUUGUCAUCAUUCACCAGUAUCCUAUAUUUCCUGGCACAUAAAUGGAAACUAAAGAGUGCUAAAAAUGUCUGUUUUUUUAAUGAUUAGGAGAAUUCAGGCAAUUGUGGCUUUACCAAAGACUGCUAUAGCGUGGAGAUAAUUAAAGUAUUUUUCUUGCAAUAAAGUAGUACUCUGUCCAGAUAUGUUUGCCUCAGACAUUGUUGUCCAUCCUUUGUUGAGCUAACUGCAUUGAAUUGCAGAUGUCUGUCUUUCACCCUAUAUAACCCUGUUUUCUGUUGUUCUGAUCUGUCUUUUCUUCUCGCAAGAUUUGGAGGCAGCAAAAAAAUAUGUAUAGUUUCUUCUUUUUAGCAUAUUCAACAGUUCAUCGAAGCAAUAAAAAAACGCAAACCUCUUAAGCAAAUGAAGUCCAGAUUAACAAAAUGUAACCAGUUUUUGUAGCCUUUGUACACUGAGCAAUGUUUUCUUUUGGAAGAGGGUGACUUAGUCAUGGAAACUGAACCAUAACAUGUUUAUGUUUGUACUAUAUACAGCAUAUACUGUAUAAUAGUCUGUGACCAUUUCUUUAUAGCUACAGUAUCUUUAAAAAAUAAACAAGCAGACUUGGAAAUCAUCCAGGUUUAGUAAAUUAGGCUGACCCCUUGCUUUGAAUUAUUGUCAGGCCUACUCAUGGCUGCUUGUUCCCAUUGUUUCCUGUUUCAAUCUAAUGUUUUGUAUGUCUCUGCAUUUCCUACCAUUUGUUCUAGGAUGUUAUUAACAAGUAUAAUUCAACACUUUGCUUAGUCUGUUCACUGCUAGAAUAUGGACUCCAGCUGUGCACAGCACUGGAAUGGACAACCUAGCUUAUAUAAUCUUUUUUUGUUGUUUUUUUUUUAUUUAUAACAUGGACCUUCAACAUGUUGGGGAAUUCUGGGAGCUGUACAAUAGAAGAUGGAGAACUGCAGGUUGAAGAUCCCUGUUUUGUAAUGUAAUUAUCUAGUUCUAUUGAUUGCAAUACUCCCAGAAUGAAAAUGGAACUAGCCAUUACCAGGGGUUAUGAAUUAAACCCAUCCUUUGUACUGUAAAUACCCUUCCCCCCCCCACAUUUAAAGUACGAAGGACCUAUGUGUACAUGUAUAUAAUAUAAAGCUUCAAACAGGAUCCAGUUUAGUUAUUCUUAGCAUUUUGAAGACUAGAAUAUAUAGCUUAAAAAAAUGAUGGACAAAAUAUAAACACUGAAAUAUAUCAAUAAUGUUCUUUAGAAGCUUCUGGCUGUAUAAGGUCUAAUGUACCAUAUCCAAAGCAGUCAGUGGUAGAAUGCUAUCCUAUGUAACUCUUCUUGUGCAUAUCAAUCAACCGUGAUGUUCUUUAAUUAUAUCGACAAGACUUAAUCUAAGCUUUUCAUGGUGGCUUUGUUAUGUUUCCAAUUACAAACAUAAUAAAAAUACCACAACUAAUAUGUUUCCUGUCCUGUUUCUAAUUUUAAUAAAAAAUGUCUAUGUUUAGUAAA